GUUCGUGCGGGACGGUAUUAUACACUUCCGGUGUUAAUGUAAACAAUGGGGAAAUAUUAUUGCUCGAUAACUUACUGCCACAAUUUCAGUGGAAGGGUUGGAAAAUUUGGUAAAAAGGUAACCCUGCACAAGCUCCCUAAACAUCAAAGUACUCGACAUGCCUGGAUUCGCGCCAUCAGCCGAAAGAACUGGAAACCGACGAGUUAUACUCGAGUGUGUUCAGACCACUUUAAGAACGGUGUUGGACCGGACUCUGUUGAUAGAAAUAAAAUUCCAUGUGUAAACUUGCCUCAGAAAAAGCACUGUGAGCGAUCAGAAAGGAGGGAACCACGCUUGAGACCAUCCACUGUACCAGUUGACACCGUCAAGAGUGAUAUUAUAGAUCAUCAUACGUACUGUAAACAAGAGAAAACCUCCACAUUACCUGCAGCCAGCUCUAACACCAACUGUAAGGACCAGGAUUCACAAACCUAUCAACAACCCUUGAGUAGUGCUGAAACAUCUGUCUGUCUACCAGAGAUCACUAUUGAGAACAUUCAACACUCCACAGAUCUUAUGAUGUUCUACACAGGCCUUCCAGACUUUCAAACAUAUGAUGCCCUAUUUAGUUCAUUAAUUGACCAAGGUGCAGAUAAGUUGUCAACCGAGAUAACCGGCAGCAUGAAUGAAAAUAAAUUGGGUCGUAAAAGGACGUUAAGGCCCAUAGAUGAGUUUUUGUUUGCGAUGUAACUCAUUGCAGACUUGGAGCGGUCUUCUGCGCAUGCCCGAAAGUGAUUAUCAAUUGUAGCGCACGGCAAAAUAUGCAUAUUUUUGCAUGUCCGCAUGCAUUUGGUGUACAAUAUGCAUAAAAUACUGACUAAAGGUUAGGGUUAGUAUCACCAUGGUUACAAAAUAUAUACGUUUAUGAUAUUUUCGUUCAAACUUAG